AUGUUUCUGUGGGAUUGGUUACAUUCGCUCCUGUAUUAUUUUGGGUUCAACAGAAAUGCUAAAAUUGUGAUUGUUGGCCUGGACAACGCCGGGAAAUCUACUUUAUUAAACAUGUUGAAGACUGGGCGCGCAGCACAGUUUCCACCAACAGGUCAGGCACGGAGUGAAGAAAUGACUAUUGGCGGACUUACCAUACAAGCAUACGAUCUCGGGGGCCACGCAAUAAUGCGGAGAGUUUGGCUGGAUUACUUCCCCGCAGUAGAUGGAAUUGUCUAUAUGGUGGAUGCGGCGGACAGGGAGAGACUUCAGGAAAGCAAAACCGAACUCACGAGGAUCCUUGAUGACCCGGAAAUCCCUCCAAUACCUAUCCUCAUACUUGGCAACAAGACUGACAAAGGAACAGCUAUUGGCAAGGAGGAGUUGAUCAUGUCGUUUGACCUACAACGUCGCCUGUAUAAGGAGACGGGAUAUAACGAAACAGAGAAUGGACGUCCUCCUCUUCGUGAGUGUCAACUAUUUAUGUGUAGUCUGUUAAAGAAACAAGGGUACGGGGACGCCUUCCGGUGGCUGGCGAAGGCCACGAAAAAGUAG